UCUGUCCAGACAGAGCCAGCCCUGGCCACAGCUGGGCAUUUGCCAGACCCUGGGCUUCUUGCUGGGAAGAGCAGCCAGUGUGUGUGGGCGUGCACAGUGCAGGCGGGUGGACACCCAGGCCCUUGCACAAACAAGCUUUGGAGACAAACAACCCCGUGACCCUUUGAGGCGGCUGAAACUCUCAGAAAGGGCCCUUGGGACUGAAUCCCACCAAAGGGCCACCAGACUGAGAGGACGCCAAAGAAGGACCCCAGACCUCAAGCCUCCUCCAGGACAAGAGGGGUCUCCUGAUCGAGGGACCACUACCCAGGGCUUCCUGAGACAUAGACACUUCCAAAGCACCCUCAGACUGCGACACCUAGAGAGGAAGGGGUUUCUGGAAGUGAAGUUCCUUCCUACACCUCCACUGAGCCCUGUGAGGACAGCAGCUCCAGCCCCAGGGUCCUGAUGGCAGCUGAGCCACUGACUGAGCUGGAGAUGGCCAUUGAGACGGUGGUCACCACCUUCUUCAACUUUGCAGGGCGAGAGGGGAGGAAGGGCAGCCUCAGCAUCGAUGAGUUUAAGGAACUGGUCACUCAGCAGUUGCCUCACCUGCUCAAGGAUGUGGGCUCCUUAGAUGAGAAGAUGAAGAGCUUGGAUGUGAAUCAGGACUCAGAGCUCAAAUUCAAUGAGUACUGGAGACUGAUUGGGGAGCUGGCCAAGGAGAUCAGGAAGGAGAAGGCCCUGGGAAUCCGGAAGAAGUGAAGCUGACUGGCUGGGAUGGGGGGCAGGAUUGGUGGGGCUGGGCGGAACCCUACUUCCCCCAAAUAAAGCUUCCUCCUUGAGACCCA